UACCCGAUAUAUAACUGAAACAUACAACAAAUAAAUGUCGACUAAAAAGUUAUUGGAACGUCGCCAACAGGACGAUGAAGCAACAGCCUAUGCUUUUAAAGAGUUCCUUGAAACUUUUCAAACGUCCGCCCCAGUAGCAAAAACAUUUAUACAGUCUGGUAUAUAUAAUCCUGGUGUAAAUGACUUUAAUUCAUGUGCGACCGAACAAUCUGGGAAGAUAUAUGCUCCAACGCCGCUUUAUAAAUCAUCUGAUAUUGCAAUGCAAGCACUAGAAUGUGCGAGACUAGUAAAAUAUGAUCGCGGCUUGAGACCACAAGGUGGUAAAUCAAAAACUAACUUGGAAGAAUUAAAAGAGGAGCUACAGCAACGUCAUCAACAUGUGGAAAAUAUUCAUAAAAUUAGUGGUAACUUAUCAACACCACCAAUAUUUGCCCAGUCUGGAUCAACAAGAAAGCAAAUAGAAUUAGAUCAAGAAACUAUUGAAAAUACUACAAAUUUGUUUUUAACUCAUAUUAAUACAUCCCUGAACGAACAAGAUCUAAUGCAAAUUUUUGGUGUUUACGGACCAUUAGCAAGUGUAAAAAUUAUGUGGCCACGUGUCCCUACCCGUCAUCGAAAUUUCAACAUUGGGUUUGUUGGAUAUAUGAGUCGAAGCGAUUGCCAGCAAGCUUUUUAUGCUCUUGGGAACCGAUCUGAUAUGAGAAUAUCAUGGGGUAAACCGAUAGAAAUUCCAGCGCAACCAAUUUAUAUUCCGCCGGAGCUGGUCAAAAUGUUGUUACCACCACCAUGUAGUGGGUUGCCAUUUAAUGCGCAGUUUCCCAACUCAAAAAACGAAAAAAGAAUUUCAAAACAAGAUUUGGCUAACGUGGAUUUGACUAAUACUUAUGUGAAAGUAACGAUUCCACUUGAUAAGAAAAUUCUGUUAAUUAUUCAUCGCAUGAUAGAAUUUGUCAUACGUGAAGGGACUUCAGUAGAAACGAUGAUCAUGCGGAAAGAGCGUAAUAAUCCAUUGUUUCAGUUUCUUUUUGAUAAUCAAAGUUCCAUGCACACUUACUAUCGUUGGAAACUGUAUUCAGUUUUACAUGGAGAGUCAAUUAAUUCCUGGGACACAACUCCGUUUCGAAUGUUUCGCGGUGGUUCUCUAUGGAUCCCUCCGACUAGUACCGAUUUUACUAAGGGAAUGUCUUGGCAAUUAGCUUCUGGAGACGCUUUUAAAGAAAAGGGACGAUUGCACGACUCUGAGCAAUUAACUUUAAUUAAGAUGAUUCAAAAUUUAACACCAGAUAAAACAAAAGUUGCGCAAGCGAUGGUGUUUUGUAUUGAUAAUAUACAUGGGGCUCGAGAUAUUGUAAACAUAAUAACUGAGUCGAUUGAAAUCAAUUCAAAGAAUGACAUGUCUAGCAAGAAACAAAUUGCCCGGUUGUAUCUAAUUUCAGACAUUUUAUACAAUGCUAAGCAUAAAAACAGUAUAAUCAAAAAAAAGAUCAGCGUUUGAAGAACAUUGUUAAAUUGAAAAUUAUGAACGUUUUGAAAGCUUGGGAAAUGUGGAGAAUAUUCCCGAAAGCCUUGUUGGAGCAGCUUGAAAGUGAACUCAAAGAUCCUCCUGAAAUUGUCACAAUAGAAGAGAAGAGAACAAAAACGGAGAACAUAUUAAAAAGUAAAGAAAAACAAAGCAAUAUGUUGUCUACAAGCAAUGAAAUGCAAGAAUUAGAAUUGCAUGAAACUUUUAGUAAAUCUAGAUGGGAAACACAAACCCCAGACGUUUUACAAGCUCAAGCUAUGUCCACCGCACGUCUACAUGAAAUUGAAGUGCAGAGAAAAUAUGAAGAAGAACUCCACAAACAAACAAAAAUAUCUAAAACCCUGCAUUAUCAAGAUCUGCGUAAAGUUGAAAUGAAGGUCAUUCGUUAUCAGGACAGUCUAGAGGGCGGUAAACGGAAGUUAAAGUAUGCGCAAACUAUCGAAGGUGAUGUUAAUGAAUACCGUAAGAGGUGUAUCAAUAAAUUUAAAUCUAGGCAACAAGAAAAAGACAACGAUAUUUUUAUAUCGCAUAAGAAAAAGCGAAGAUAGUGUCAAUUAAAUUUAAUUACUCACCUAGCAAUUAGCGACAUGGAAAUAGGAAAGAUUCCCAUGGUUUUGCUUCCCAUAAGAUAUUCAGAAGUGGUGUUUUGUUUCACUCUUGCAAAAAAGGCAAAGUACACACCAAUCCAAGCGGAUAUCAAUAACAUAGCAGCAAAAACGAUAUAAUCGAAGAUAUCAAAAUACUUUUCGUCUUGUUCGUGCAUUUUGCUUGAAAGUUGAAAUUUUUAUUUAAUAUGUAUGCUUUGAUUGAUAUUGAUUUGAUUUAAUAUGUUUAGUUUAAAUACACAUUUCUUAACAGUU